AUGAUCCCUCCCGACUCCGACGAGUCGCCAUUGAAGCCCUCUGGUGCCGGAUUUAUGUUCGGCCAGGAGGAUUCCACGACGAUCUUGGAUGAUUUCGACACCCAAAGCCAUGCAAGUUCCCGCGACCCCGGUAGCACAUAUCCCGGCGACCCCGCGACGGGUUCGGGCAUCGGUGCUGACGGUCACCACGAUGAUACCACGCAAGAUCCCGACGCCGCGAACGCCGGCUCACUCGACCCUGAUGGUAAGCCUCCUGUCUGGAGCGAAAUGAAGACCAAGGCCGGCAAGGAGCGCAAGCGGCUCCCCCUCGCCUGCAUUGCCUGCCGGCGGAAGAAAAUCCGUUGCUCAGGCGAGAAGCCUGCCUGCAAGCAUUGUACCCGAUCGCGGAUUCCAUGCGUCUACAAAGUCACUACUAGAAAAGCUGCCCCGCGCACAGAUUAUAUGGCCAUGCUGGAUAAGCGUCUGAAGCGGAUGGAAGAUCGCGUGAUCAAGACGAUUCCCACAGAUGAGACGCGGGAUAUGGCCUCCAUCGGUAGAUCGGUCGUCAAACCCUCCGCCUCGAGCCAGGCGUCUAAGGCCCAGAAGAAACGAAGUGCGGAUGAGGCUUUCUCGGCAGAAAUGGAUCAGUGGUCUCGAGAAGAGCGCCGUCCGCCGCAUGAGACAUUCCCAAUGAAUCGCGAGAUCAAGUCGACCGACGGUACCGGACUUUUGACCGAAGGCGCCGAGUUCCUACCAUCCUUGGAGAUACAGGAGCAUUUGGCGGAGGUUUUCUUCGACUGCGUUUAUGGGCAGUCGUAUCUCCUGUUGCACAAGCCUAGUUUUAUGCGCCGGCUCAAGUCCGGCUCUGUUCCCCCAGUUCUCAUCCUUGCGGUCUGCGCCGUAUCUGCAAGAUUCUCGACACAUCCACAGCUCAAUUCCGAGCCUGCCUUCCUGCGCGGCGAGAAUUGGGCCAACCCCGCGGCGGCCAUUGCUCUGAGCCGACAUGACGAACCCAAUAUCACUAUUCUCACCGUUUUCCUGCUCCUUGGACUCCACGAAUUUGGAACCUGUCACGGUGGACGCAGUUGGUCAUUUGGUGGACAAGCAUUGAGAAUGGGGUAUGCUCUGCAGCUACAUCAAGAGCUCGAACGCGACCCGCUACUGGGUCAGAAUAAUUCCAGCUCUCAGUUGAGCUUUACCGAUCGAGAGAUCCGUCGACGUACAAUGUGGGCAUGCUUCUUGAUGGAUCGCUACAACUCCUCGGGUAGUCAGCGCCCACCUAUUGGAAACGAGAAGUUCCUACAUAUUCAACUACCUAUCAAAGAGACCCAUUUCCAAAUGGAGAUCCCCGGUCCCACAGAAGACCUAGACGGCGAUGUUCCGAAUCCCACCCCAGAAGACGCCGGACAAUUAUCCAACGCUCAAGAGAACAUGGGCGUCUCGGCGUAUAUAAUCCGCGCCAUUGUCAUAUGGGGGCGAAUUGUCGAUUACUUGAACCUGGGCGGUAAAAAGAAAGAUCCCCACCCCCUGUGGCAUCCGGAGUCGGGAUACACGCAACUAAAGCGACAGAUUGAAGAAUUCUCGUCCUCGCUCCCAACCCCUUUUACAUUUACAUAUGAGAAUCUUCAAAUCCACGCAGCUGAGAAGGUCGCAAACCAAUUCUUUUCGCCAUUCCCCUGUCGCCGGGGGGGCCGACCUCCUAUGGACAUGCCCAAGCCUUUCCUCAGCAAUGCUGGUCGGGCAGCCGUGGAAGCUGCCCACCAUAUCUCCGUGCUCUUUGAUCGAGCCUCGGCUUAUCCGCUCACAGUGCCAUUUGCUGGGUAUUGCGCAUAUUCUGCAAGCACAGUGCAUAUUUGGGGCAUAUUCUCGAAGAACGUACAGUUAGAAGCUCGAUCUAAGGAGAACCUUCGGCAUACCUAUCGCUAUCUCAACAAGAUGAAGAAGUACUGGGGAAUGUUCCACUACAUGGUGGAAAGCGCCAAAGACAGGUAUCGACAAUUUGCCGACGCAGCCAUCAAGGGAUCAGUGGCCGCUUCAAACGGUACUACUCUAGCUCCAAUGUUUCAAUACGGGGAUUGGUUUGAGAAAUAUCCUCACGGUGUUUCAAGGAUGCACUGGGAGGAUCCAGAUACACGACAUAAGGAAACAGGCGAAGAUGCAGUGAUGGGUCAAAAACCCGAUCUACAAAGUGUGGAGGACUUCUUCGCCAGUCUAUCGCCGACCCCCCAACCUGUCCUCCCGCGCAAACUUCGCUCGCGCAAGAACAGCAAACUUUCCGACGGAACUCCCAACCCGGAUCAGACUUCUCCCACCUCCAUCGACGUUACCAUGAGCCAUGCUCCCGGAGUCCCAGGCAGUGCCUUUCCCCAGCCAUCGAUGUUCGCACAGAAUCGGCACAUGCCAUUUGGUCAACCCCCCUUUGAUUUCAGUAUUCCGUCUGAUCAAUUGCCACAAUUGGAUCGACAAUUUGUCUAUGGCUCAUUCUCGGAUUUCGAUCCCAACUCCUUUGUCUCUAACAACCCUUUAAUUCCACCCGUCAACGGUGUCGAUCCCCAAGCCUCAGAUCAAUCGCUCUUCACCGGACAUCUUGACCCUGGCGCCCCGGCUGGAGCAGGCGAAUUCUACCAACCGAGCGCAUGGUUCCUUCCCUUCAAUCUUGACCCGAUCGGCGGCGGCGGCCCACCAGAUGGUAAACCACCAGGAGAUCCAACUUCGGCUCCUGCCCCAGGCCCCGGAGACAACGGCCCUGGUCCAGUCGGCGAUAUGUCAGCCUUUGGCGGUGCAGGCAAUAUGGCACUAGGCGCAUAUGGACUUGACCUUGGGCCUGGCAUGGGACAAGACUCACGACGCUGA